UAAUUGAGUCCAAUCAGGCUUUGCAGGUCCAGCUGUUGGAUCAUCAGCGUUCAGGCUUCAUGCUUCUCCUCAUGAGCUCAACCCUCUGAAACCAACCCAGACAUGACCUUACAGCUUCGGACCAAAGCCUGGCUCUUUGACCUGCACUGCUCCGUAGGUCUGACCGACUGGGACAUGGACAAGGAGCUGAAGCUGGCAACGACCACAGACCAGUUCUACCACGAUGACAAAGUGAGCGAUCAGUACGUCGUCCAGAGGCCUUCAGCUAGAGCCUCGAGAAGAAAAGAUGAGUUCAUUUGGUACGAUAAAACAUCAGACACCUUUGUUAAACCAAAUCUGUGGCUGUGGGUGAAUCCCAACAUCGCCUGCCCCAUCCAGUACAGAGAAGAUGUCAGUGAUGUGCAGACUGAACUUGCUGAGGAACUCCAAACACCUUUACUGGGGUCUGCAGGGUUCAAGCCUCCAACUGCAGCAGAGCUUCACAUGUUUGCAGCCAAUGAUAAUGCACUGCAGGAGGAAAUCCUGCCUUCAGUUUCCUCUUCCACUGAGUACCUGAUCAAGACCGACGACGCCUCGUGUCGACCGGCCAAGAACAGACGCAAGGCUAGGACGGUGAAGGCCAAGGACACCAAGACCCUGAAGCCAGGAUGCUGGCCUCGUCCACCAGUCAACUACUGCAUCCUCAUCUCCUUGGCGCUCAAGAACAGCCACACCGGGAGCCUGAAGGUUCAGCAGAUUUACAACUUCACCAGAGAGCACUUCCCCUUCUUUCAAACGGCUCCAGAUGGCUGGAAGAACACAAUCCGUCACAACCUCUGCUUCAACAACAGCUUCCGCAAAACCUGCAACCAGCUGUGCAGAGACGGCAAGAGGAAGUCGUGUUUCUGGCACCUGACUCUGGACGGCCAUCGCCGGCUCAAGGACGAGAUCCACAUGUUGACGGGAGAAUCCUUGAGGCAGCUGGAGAGGAGCAUGUCCCACCCGGAUAUAAUUCAGAGUUUGUUUGCAAAUUGAUUGCAGUUAUAAACCGUUCACACCGAUGCAUAAAAAAACUAAUAUAAAUGAUGUAUAUUAACUAUAAUUGUACAGAAUAAUGAUCCCUAAAAGGCAUUUUUGAUUUACUUUAUGACAAAAAAAGAAGAUAAACAAUAUUAGUUGAUUUAAUGUAGAAAUAAUAAUAAAAAAAAGUGUGCAAUUAA